AUGCAACUCUCAUGGAAGGAUAUACCAACUGUGCCAACAGCAAAUGAUAUGUUGGACAUUGUUCUUAACAGAACCCAAAGAAAAACCCCCACUGUCAUUAGACCUGGGUUUAAAAUCUCCCGUAUUAGGGCUUUCUACAUGAGAAAGGUCAAGUUCACAUCCGAUGGGUUUGUGGAAAAGCUCAACGAUAUGAUCACCGGAUUCCCCAACAUCAACGAUGUCCACCCCUUCCACAGAGACUUGAUGGACACCUUGUACGAGAAGAACCACUACAAGGUCUCGUUAGCUGCUGUGUCCAGAUCCAAGACCUUGAUCGAACAGGUGGCCAGAGACUACGUCAGAUUGUUGAAGUUUGGUCAGUCGUUGUACCAAUGUAAGCAAUUGAAGAGAGCUGCUUUGGGUAGAAUGGCCACCAUUGCCAAGAAGUUGAAGGAUCCAUUGGUGUAUUUGGAGCAAGUCAGACAACAUUUGGGCAGAUUGCCAAGUAUCGACCCCAACACCAGAACCUUGUUGAUCUGCGGGUACCCCAACGUCGGUAAGUCUUCGUUCUUGAAGUGUAUCACCAAGGCUAACGUCGAGGUCCAGCCAUACGCUUUCACCACCAAGUCGUUGUACGUGGGUCACUUUGACUACAAAUACUUGAGAUUCCAGGCCAUCGAUACUCCCGGUAUUUUGGACAGACCCACCGAAGAAAUGAACAACAUCGAAAUGCAGUCGAUCUAUGCCAUUGCCCAUUUGAGAUCGUGUGUGUUAUACUUCAUGGACUUGUCGGAACAGUGUGGAUUUUCCAUCGAAGCCCAGGUCAAGUUGUUUGACUCCAUCAAGCCAUUGUUCGCCAACAAGUCGGUGAUGGUCGUCAUGAACAAGAGUGAUAUCAUCAAGACCGAGGAUUUGGCUCCCGAGAAGCAGGAAUUAUUGAAGGAAAUGGCCAACUUUCCCGGUGUUGAAAUCAUGCACACCUCCUGUUACGAGGAAACCAACGUCAUGGAAGUCCGUAACAAGGCCUGCGAGAAGUUGUUGACUGCUAGAAUCGAACAGAAAUUGAAGGGUACUGCCAGAGUGAAUAACGUGUUGAACAAGAUUCACGUUGCCAGACCACAAGCCCGUGACGACGUCGACCGUUCUGCUUUCAUUCCUGAGGGAGUCAAGGCGUUGGAGAAGUACGACGUCAGCGAUCCUAACAGAAGAACUUUGGCCAGAGACAUCGAAGCCGAAAACGGUGGUGCUGGUGUGUUCAACAUCAACCUCAAGGACAAGUACUUGUUGGAAGACGACGAAUGGAAGAACGAUAUCAUGCCAGAAGUGUUGGACGGUAAGAACGUCUACGACUUCUUGGACCCAGACAUCGCUGCCAAGUUACAAGCAUUAGAGGAAGAAGAAGAGAAGUUGGAAGCCGAAGGCUUCUACGACUCCGACUCCGAAAUCGAAGACGAGGAAAUCGAAGACAUAAGAGAAAAGGCCAACUGGAUCAGAGACAAGCAAAAGAAAAUGAUCAUCGAUGCCAGACACAGAAAAUCUUUGAAGAACAAGGCGCUCAUGCCAAGAGACCAGAUCAAGAAGUCUUUCGGUGAGAUGGAAGAGCACAUGUACUCGUUGGGCCACGACACCAACAAGUUGAGAGAGAAGGUCGGCAAGGCCAAGGCUGGCAAGGAGUUGUCUGGUGUGGACAUCUUGAAGAAGAACCAAGGCAUCAGAUCUGCCAAGAUCUCCAAGAAGCAAGCCCCAGUCAACCAGCCUAACAGACUCAAUGAUGGUGUCAGUGAUGGAGCCAUGAGAUCGCAAGCAGAAAGAUUGUUGAAGGUCCAAAGAAGAGACAGAAACAGAAACGCCAGACAAGGUGAGGGUGACCGUCACAGCACUGCCAUGUUGCCUAAGCAUUUGUUCAGUGGUAAGAGAGGUAUUGGUUCUACCGACCGUCGUUAG